AAGUGAUUUUUAAUAUAUGUAUGUAUUAUGUGUUAGGCGUGUACAUAAUAAUUCAAACUGGAGAUCUGGUCCAGGCGUGGGGCGAUCUCACUCUUAUGACAGCUUCCGUUUUCAUGCUCUUUACAAACAUCGCUUAUGCUAUUAAGCUCGCUUAUGUUAUUCUAAGAAGGGAGUUGAUUCAAAAAAUUAUUUUUGACGGAGACAAUGAACUGGACGGUCAAAAGACGAAGCUAGCGAUUCAAACAGUUGAAAGAUAUCGCAAGGAUACCAUCCGGCUAGUUACAGUCUACUUUUCUGUAGCAUUCUCCAGCGUUUUUGGCAUCACAUUUUCCGGAGAGAAGGAUCAACUGCCUCUGAGAGCCUGGUACCCCUUUGAUGCAACUAAGAGGCCAGCGUACCAAUGGACUUAUGCUCACCAAUUCAUUGCAUUAAGUAUCAAUGCUGCUGUAAAUUUGUGUUGCGACGUGUUGGUUGCGACACUCAUCGCUCAGUGCCGCUGCCGACUGCGGCUGAUAGCUCAGUCGUUAAGAACUUUGUGCGAUGACGUCGAUGUCGAUAAAAAGGGUCGUAUAACGGCAGACAGUGAGAAGGUUGUCAGCAGCCGUGUCCGUAGUAUUGUGAUGCGUCACCAGCUCGUGUUGGCGCAGGUGGAGCAACUUCAGCAGUGCUUUUCCGUACCAAUACUGGGGCAGUUCGCUGUCGCCUCCUUUAUAAUAUGCGUGACAGCCUACCAAAUGGCAUUCGUUACAAACUUAUAUCGUCUAAUCUCUAUGGCCUCAUUUGAAAUAGCAGUAACGAUACAAGUGUACAUCUAUUGUGUAGCGGGAACAAGUCUCACUAUAGAUAGUGACGAAGUCUCGAGGGCGGCCUACGAGUGUCCCUGGUACGGGUGUCCUGCCUCCAUCCGCCGCCUCCUCCUCGUGAUUAUGAUUAUGAAAGCUUCUUACACGUUUUUCACGGUUUUACAAAGCACAGGAGAGUUGUAACCUACAGCAGCUUGUAUUUUGUUAUUAUUUAUUUGAAUUUAGAAUAAAAAACAUCUUAUAAAAGCACCUCUAGGCAAAUAUUGAUAUAUAAAUACAUAUAUG